UCUCAUGGCGAUGGGCGGCAAGAGGUGACCUCCCGCGCCGGGCGCUCUGGAGCUCGCUGUAGAAACUCGAUUGCUUCCUGCGCAGAUGAACAGCCUCACAUCGGAAACUACAGACUGCUGAAAACCAUCGGCAAAGGGAACUUCGCGAAGGUGAAAUUGGCCAGACACAUCCUGACGGGCCGAGAGGUUGCAAUAAAAAUAAUUGACAAGACUCAGUUGAACCCAACAAGUCUACAAAAGCUCUUCAGAGAAGUAAGAAUAAUGAAGAUUUUAAACCAUCCAAACAUAGUGAAGUUAUUUGAAGUCAUUGAAACUGACAAAACGCUCUACCUAAUCAUGGAGUAUGCGAGUGGAGGUGAAGUGUUUGACUAUUUGGUUGCACAUGGAAGAAUGAAGGAAAAAGAAGCAAGAGCUAAAUUUAGACAGAUCGUCUCUGCGGUCCAGUACUGCCACCAGAAGCGGAUUGUGCACAGAGACCUCAAGGCUGAAAAUCUAUUGUUAGAUGCUGAUAUGAACAUUAAAAUAGCUGACUUUGGUUUUAGCAAUGAAUUUACUGUUGGCAGUAAACUGGACACGUUUUGUGGCAGUCCUCCGUACGCGGCCCCCGAGCUCUUCCAGGGCAAGAAGUACGACGGGCCGGAAGUGGACGUGUGGAGCCUCGGGGUCAUUCUUUACACCCUGGUCAGCGGGUCUCUCCCCUUCGAUGGUCAGAACCUAAAGGAACUGAGAGAGAGGGUGUUAAGAGGGAAAUACCGAAUCCCUUUCUACAUGUCCACAGACUGUGAAAACCUUCUCAAACGUUUCCUGGUGCUAAACCCAAUAAAACGAGGCACACUAGAGCAAAUCAUGGAGGACAGGUGGGUCAAUGCAGGCCAUGAGGAAGAUGAGCUGAGACCGUUCGUGGAGCCAGAACUAGACAUCUCAGACCAGAAAAGAAUAGAUAUUAUGGUGGGAAUGGGAUAUUCACAAGAAGAAAUUCAAGAAUCUCUUAGUAAAAUGAAAUAUGAUGAGAUCACAGCUACAUACUUGUUGUUGGGGAGAAAAUCAUCAGAGCUGGAUGCUAGUGAUUCCAGUUCUAGCAGCAAUCUCUCACUCGCUAAGGUUAGGCCAAGCAGUGACCUCAGCAACAGCACUGGCCAGUCUCCUCACCACAAAGUGCAGAGAAGCGUUUCCUCAAGCCAAAAGCAGAGGCGGUACAGUGACCACGCUGGACCAGCGAUCCCUUCGGUGGCGGCGUAUCCCAAGAGGAGCCAGACCAGCACUGCGGACGGCGACCUCCGGGAAGACGGCGCCCCCUCCCGGAAGCCCAGCGGUGGUGCUGCGGCGGGGAAGGGCGCGGCCCCCGCCAGCCCCCUGCUGGGGAACGCAGGCAACCCCAACAAGGCCGAUAUUCCUGAGCGCAAGAAGAGCUCUGCUGUCCCUGGCAGUAGUGCUGCGGCCGGCGGCAUGACGCGAAGGAACACCUACGUCUGCAGCGAGAGGACCCCCGCCGACAGGCACCCCGUGCUCCAGAACGGCAAGGAGAACAGUGCUGCUCCUGACCAGAGAACCCCCGUUGCUUCAACACACAGUAUUAGCAGCGCCGCCACCCCAGACCGGAUCCGCUUCCCGCGAGGCACUGCCAGCCGCAGCACCUUCCACGGCCAGCCUCGGGAGCGGCGGACCGCCACGUACAACGGCCCGCCCGCCUCGCCCAGCCUGUCCCACGAAGCCACGCCACUGUCCCAGACGCGAAGCCGAGGCUCCACGAACCUUUUUAGUAAAUUAACUUCAAAACUCACGAGGAGAAACAUGUCAUUCAGGUUUAUCAAAAGACUUCCAACUGAAUAUGAGAGGAACGGGCGAUAUGAGGGCUCAAGUCGCAGCGUCUCUGCGGAGCAGAAGGACGAGCACAAAGAGGCGAAGCCCCGGUCCCUGCGCUUCACCUGGAGCAUGAAAACCACGAGCUCCAUGGACCCCAGCGACAUGAUGCGGGAGAUCCGCAAGGUGCUGGACGCCAACAGCUGCGACUACGAGCAGCGGGAGCGCUUCCUGCUCUUCUGUGUCCACGGCGACGGGCACGCGGACAGCCUGGUGCAGUGGGAGAUGGAGGUGUGCAAGCUGCCAAGACUGUCUCUGAACGGGGUCCGGUUUAAGCGGAUAUCGGGGACAUCCAUAGCUUUCAAAAAUAUCGCUUCCAAAAUUGCCAAUGAGCUAAAGCUGUAACCCAGUAAUUACGGUGUAAAUUACGUAGCAGUCUCGAGUGUUUCCUGAACACGGAUGGACACGUGUAGAGUAACAGUUAGGCAGCAGCGUCCGCAUCUCCUGAUCAUGACCCGGGCGCGGGCGCGGCCUGCCCCUCCAGUGCACUACAUUAAAGCGUGAGACCUGCGCCCGCUGUCGUCUUUCCAUCGCCCCGGCGGGGCCCCGUGUGCGUGGUGUGCGAGUGGGCUGCGUGUGGGCAGUGCCCGCGGCUCCGGCGCCGCCGCGGGGGCCGCCCGGGCCCUCCGCGGGGCCGUUGGUGCUAACCGGAGCUGCCGAGGAGGAGGAGGAGGGUUUCGAAUCGCUACUAAGGAUUAACCUUGAGCUUAGUUGGUGAAGAAACAGGUUUACAGUUCAUGCCUGUGGUUUUGUGUUUGUGUUUUUUUUUAGUGCAAAAGGUUUACAUUUAUAGUCGUGGACAUUGCUUGUGUGUGUUUUUCUAAGUAGAUUCACAAGUCAAUUAAAGUUCACUCUUUCU